AUGCCUCUUCUUACCCGCUCUGGACGCCAGUCAAAAGUCCCACUUCGAGCCGACCAGGUUUCUACCCAUACGUCAAAGGAUGGCAACGAAGCAUGUUCCCACCCUGGUCCAAAGUCGGCCAACGCCAAUGUACCUCGCCCUCGGCCUAAGGCUCGUCCCCUUCGAAGGUCCGAACGUUCUGACCCUUUGACAUCAUCUGCUGAGGAAGAAAUUUUCUUUUCCAAUUUUGCCAGGCAUUCAUUCGUCAGGAACAAGUCCAAUGAUGCAAGUGAGGAUCCCGAGGCACAGUUAUCUGACCCUGAUGAGGAUAAUGAUACACAGCAAGUUGAAGCUUCUCCCAGGGAUGACAGUUCUGUUCUCCGCAAUGAGAGUGACACGGGUACAGGCAACAAAAAUCAAACCCAACGUCCAUCCAAUGGUGAAUAUUGUAGUCCUGCAGCGACAAACGAAAGGGAGACAACAGCCGCUCCGUCCGACAGCGAGUCUGGCAAUCCUGCAGCGACGAACGAAAGGGAGACAACAGCCGCUCCAUCCAACAGCGAGUCUGGCAAUCCUGCAGCGACAAAUGAACAAGAUGAGACUGCGGCUCAGUCUGACGGCGAGCACGGCAGCAACAUAGCAACGAACAACGGGGUCAACAUUGCAGUUCCGUCCUUGAAUGAACCCGAUGGUCAUGCAGCGGUUAAUGAAAGGAGGAUCAAUGCAUCUCCAUCCAACGCUCACAGCGUGAUCAAAACAAACAAAAGGGAGAAUACUGCAGCCCAUCGCCCACGCAGAUCCGGUGCCCGGAAGUCAUACUUACCUUCUGACGAGGGGAAAUCUGUAGAGAGCUCUGGCUCUGAUAGCAACUGGGCUGCAACAGAAGAGCAGCGAAAGAAAGCAGAGCGCCAUGCAAAUCCCAUGAGGUCCCCCAGCCCAUCUACAGAGGGACAUCAGAAGGGCAAAGCAGUGGCAGAGGCAGAGGCAGACGACAAUGAUGAUGAUUCUGAGGGUUGCGACGAAGAAGACAAGCUUGAAGACGGGGACGAGACCACGCGCAAAGCGGGCAGACUAUCUAAGGAAGCUAUUCUGGCAGUACAUGAAUUUGGGAGGAGGGUCCAGGAGGAAGCGACUGAAAUUGGCAAACAGUUUGGGAAACAUCAGCAGGUCAUUCUGACGGAGGCAGGAUUAGCUAGGAAAGCAACUCGCAAGGGUCCAUUUGGAACCAGCAUCAGGCCUGGUUUAAAACUGUGCUGCACCCAUCCAAAGCAGGCAUGGAAAGCCAAGCAGGCUGAGCAUUAUCAUGCCCACUCACACAAGGACCCUAAGAACGCGGCUCUCUGGAAACAAAUCCGAGAGCAUUUUGAUCAUGCGGUUGCCACUCCUGACGAUCUAUCCUCUCGAGAGUCAUGCAGUCUUAUGAUGGCAGUCCGUGAAAUAUUUGCGAAAUCGGCUUUGUACUGGCACCGCACAUACAGAAUUCAUGUCGCUGGCAUUGUGAUUUAUCCAGGAGAUGAGGAGUCUGGCCGCCAGGCCUCUGGCUUUUUUGCGGGGUCAGAUAUUGUAAAGGCCCUCAUUGACGCUCAACGAGUUGAUGCCAAGCAUAUGAUAGAUGAGAUCACGACAAUCCUUAAGUACAAGGAUUUAGAAGCUGCGCAAGCAGGAGGCAAGAAUAUCAAUUUUCUUCCGCCGCCUGCCCCGGUUGCCAAUGCUUCGCUUCUAUGCAAUGGUAAAUCCGACAGGGAUAGAAAUCGCAUGGUUGCACCUGUGGUUAUCAGCGAAGCAUUUGCUGAAGCCGGUCAUGUGCUAAAGACUUCCAAUAGUAGAUGGAUGACAAUGCUUGACGUCCUGUACUCGACAAGGUUAUGCAUCCAUGACUGGCCCGCCGGAGUUCAGCCCCCUGGCCCUGAUUUUGACCUCAAAUCGCUGUCCGCAAGUCAGUUACGCGCCCUGGUGGGUCCGUAUUUGAGGAUUCAUCUCAGUGAGAUGUAUGAAGCUGAGUUGGGCCGAGAUGAGGAUGAGGAUGAUAGCGAUGCAGAGAAAGGCAAGAUGGCCAAGCGGAAAGGCAAGUCCAAGAAGUCUAAUGAGCAUCGACGAACAAAGGGCGUGGUCGUGGAGGUGCCUGAUGUUCUCUUAUCUAUCCAGGGUUGGAAUCCUCUUCAGUUGCAAGACCUUACCUCGUACACUGGCGAGGUGUUCGAAAUCCCUCUUGUCAUUGAUACAGAUGGUGUCAUCUUACGUCGUCUCAAAGAUUCAGAAAAAUUUAUUAAGGAUCUCCCUCCCCACGUCACUUGCAAGCAUAUAGGCAUGAUUCGUCCAGAAACUCCGACCUCAGAUGCAAGUGCAGAGCAUUCUGGCUCAGAGGCUCCACGUCCUAACUUGGUUUCUCACACACGUGGUAUGGUUCCAUGUGCCACCUCUGGGGCUCCGCGCUCUAACCUUGGGGCUACGCGCUCUAACCAAUGGGCUUCACGCUCCGCCGCUGGGGCUUCGCACUCCGCCGCUGGGGCUCCGCGCUCCAAUCAAUUUGUCCCUAGGCACAUGGACUAUGACAAUCACGCUGACUACAGUGACCCCCCAGAUGACUAUGACAAUCUCCCACCAUCAUCUCCUUUUUCCCCUGCUACGCCUCGAGGUUCAAAUGCAAAUGCAGCCCAUGGACAAUCCCAGUACAACCGUCUGUGUGAAGACAUCCGCCAUUCUUUGGCCUCUAAGUCUGACACUCGGAAACGACCUCGUGGUGAUUAUGAAACUAUCAGUGAGGCCGACGACAUCGAGACUGCCGUGGUAGAUGAUAGGCAUUGGGCCAGGAUGCGCGACAGGACAAGCAUGGAUCAAAGGUCUACUCUUGGGCAUCAUCAUAAGCCGAUUGCUCGUGCUCUGUCCAUGGCACGAGCCGUCCCAAAUAGGAACGCUGCGCGCUUACCAUCUCGUUCGUCAGCGGCACCCUAUACUGAUCGUUCGCCUUCACGCCAGCACGGCCGUUGA